AUGAUUCCAUACCAACAACAAUUUUCGUUUAAUUUUUCAAAAAAAAAUAUUGAAAAAGUAAAUGAAAACAAUUUUAUAUAUAACCAAAAAAAUGACCUCUAUAACAACAAUAAUAACAAUCCCAAAAGAAAUAUCAAAGGUUUUAAUAUUUCAGACGAAGAAUAUUCCAAUAAUAAACCAAUUAAUGUAAAAUAUCUUGACAAUAUAGAAGUUAUUGAUGAUAAAAUUGGUAAUGUUGAAAACAUUAAUAAAACCGAAAAUAAUCAUUUUAAUAAGAAUAAUGACAGCAAUGAAAUUAAAGGAAACCUAUUUUAUGCUUUAAAUAAUACUAAUAAUAAAUUUAAUAAUAUCAAUAACAAUUUUGUUUAUAAUCAUAUUCAUAAUAAUCAUAAUAAUCAUAAUAAUAUUCAUAUUGAUAACCAUUAUGAAAUUCUUAAUGAUAAUAAACAUAAUAACCAAAAUAAUCAUAAUAAUCAUAAUAAUCAUAAUAACCAUAAUAAUCAUAUUGAUAAUCAUAUUGAUAAAAAUAAUGAAAUUCUUAAUAAUAAUAAUUAUCAUUUUAAUCUUUAUAAUCAUUAUGGUACUAAAGAUAAUAAAAUAAAUGAUAAUAGAGGGAUAAUUAAAAAUAAUAAUAAUAAUAUUUUUAAAAACAAUAGUGAAAUAAUUAAUAAUAUUAAUAAUAGUAAUAGUAUAAUCAAUGACAUAAUUGGUAUUUAUAAAAAACAAAAAGUUGAUAAUUCCGAACCAAAAAACAAUUCAUUUAAAGACAUUAAUUCUUAUUAUGAUUAUAAUAAUAAUAACAAUAUAAAAAAUGUUAAUAACAAUAAUAAUAAUAAUAAUAAUAAUAAUAAUAAUAAUAAUAAUAAUAAUAAUAAUAAUAAUAAUAAUAAUAAUAAUAAAGAGGGAACAAAAUAUAAAUUUAAAAUUAAUAAUAACAAUAACAAUAAUAAUAACAAUAACAAUAACAAUAAUAAUAACAAUAACAAUAACAAUAACAAUAACAAUAAUAAUAAUAAUAAUAAUAAUAAUAAUAAUAAUAAUAAUAACAGUAAAAGAACUCUCUCCUCUGAUCCCCCUCUUCCUCCUCUCCCCAAUAUCGAUAAAAGUGAAAGCAAUGUAAAUAAUGGCAACAAUAAUAAAAAUUUAAUACCUUCAUUACCUUUUGAAAUAAAGCAACAGCAAGCACUAUUACAUUUGAAAAUUUUACAACAACAACAUCAACAGCAACAUCAACAACAACAGUUACAGCUAAAGCUACAACAACAACUACAGGAACAACAUACUCCAUUAAUAUCUUCACAACAUUUAUUAAAAUCAUUUGAUACUCCAGUAUCAAAAUUGACGAACAAUCAAAAUGAAUUUAAUGGUAAUAACUUUAAAAUAAAUAGCAAUGGUAAUAAUUUUAGUAACAAUAAUAGUAACAAUAUAAAUUAUAUGAAUUAUAUUAAUAAUACAAACAAUAAUAUGAACAAUAUAAAUAUAUACAAUAUAAAUAAAAAUUCAUUAGAUAAUAAUAAUUUUAAAAUCAAUAAUAAUAAAUAUCAAAAAAUUAAUAAUGAAAGAAAUAGUUUGCUUUAUUUAAUAUCAAAUAAAAAAAAACAAAUUAAAGAGUUAACAAUAGAAGAAAUACUAUUAAUAAAUGACUCAAUUUUAAAUCAUUAUAAUAUCAAAUUUUUUAAACUAUUACUUGGUGGUUUGGAAAAUUUUAAUGAAGGUGAUAAACCAACGAAAAUAGAAGGCGAAAUGUACCAACUUAGAAAUUCAAUGGAUUGUUUUAUUGAAACAUCAAUUGACAAAUCAAUCAUUAGAGAGAGAUCAAACUUUUGUUGCAAUUUAGAACACCCUAACAACUCAUCUAUAAGAUUUAGAAAGAGAAAAGAGUUAGAAGCACACCUAUUUGAAAAUCAUAUCGAUUUAAUAAAGAAUGUUGAAGUACCAAAAAAAGAAAUUAGGAUCAACGACACAAUUUGUGCUCAUGAUGGUUGUGGUGAUGUUGUAUCAAAAACAAACCAUGCAAGACAUUGCAAAACGUUUCACCAUUUAGAAAAUAUAACAUUAGUAGAUACCUGCAGGGAAUGUAAAAGAUUAAAACGUAGCAUAAUUGGUAAUAUUUUAGCACAAAUCGAAUUAAUUUCAACUGGAAAUGAUAAAGAAACUAAAUCGAACCAAAUCGCAAUACUAAAAGAAAUGUAUAAUAUAUCUGAUGAAGAAUGGAGAGAAUUAAAGCAUAGGUUUCUUAUUGAACAAGUUAAAGAAGAAAAUAAAAAGAAACCUAAACAUAAUUAA